AUAUCCAAACUGGCCUGCUGCUGUGGAACAGCAGCCUGCUCAUGCUGCUGUAAUUUGUGCCCCAAGAUCAAGCAGUCCACAGGGACCCGGGUGAUAUAUGACUUCUACUUCGUGUUAGUCACCAUCAUCUGUGUCAUCAUGAUGUCCCCCACUGUGGAGCAGGUGUUUAAAGACCAUAUCCCCUUCUAUGGAGAGUUGUGUGAGCAGAUGAAAGGAGGAGAAAACUGCAAAACUCUGGUUGGUUACUCUGCCGUCUACAAGAUGUGCUUCGGCAUGGCCUGGUUCUUCUUCUUCUUUGCUCUGUUCACCUUACGAAUCAACAUUAGUACCGGCUGGAGGGCAGCCAUACAUAAUGGGUUCUGGUUACUGAAGUUCAUUGUGCUGGUGGGUUGCUGUGCCGGGGGAUUCUUUCUUCCAGAAGAGAAAACUUUUCUGCAGGUAAAAAUGUGGCGCAUCGUUGGAGCCUUUGAUGGGUCCAUUUUCCUGCUCAUCCAGCUCAUGCUGCUGGUGGAGUUUGCACACAGAUGGAACACAAACUGGAGUUCAGGAGUAAAAUAUAACCGGAUGUGGUACGCCGCUCUGGCCCUGGUCACUCUGGUGUUGUUUACCAUCUCAGUUGGAGCCAUGGUCUUUAUGGCUGUCUACUACACCCACCCAACAGCCUGUUUAUUAAACAAAAUCUUCCUGGGCAUCAAUUCCAGCCUCUGUUUCCUCGUCUCCCUGCUGGCUAUUUCUCCAUUUAUACAAAAGUUACAGCCCACAUCAGGCCUGUUGCAGCCGGGUGUCAUCAGUGUCUACGUCAUGUACCUGACGUUCUCAGCCUUUUCAAGUAAACCGAAGGAAUUUUUAGAAGUCAAUGGUGUGAACACCACUGUGUGUGUGUUUCUCUUUGAGCUUGGUUCUGAGAGCGACAGAAAGAUUGUCACUGCUAUUGGAGCAGUGAUCCUCUUUGGAUGUGUCCUGUACUCAUGCCUGACAUCCACCACCAGGCGAACCUCUGCAGCUCUCAGAGUGGUCCGCAACAUUGAGUCAGAGACUGAGAGAGCUCGUUGCUGUUUCUGUUCUGGAGACGACACAGAUGAUGGCGAUGAAGAAACCACUGGAACAGGCCAGAACGUGGUGUACGACGAAGAGAAGCCAGUUUACGGCUACUCCUACUUCCACUUCGUCUUCUUCCUGGGAUCACUUUAUGUCAUGAUGACUGUCACCAACUGGUUUCAGUAAGUGGAGUUUCAGUGGAGUUCACUUUUACUUAUAAUAGUUAUAUGUAUAUAUGUAUAUAUAUAUAAUUGUAAACAAUCACGAUCAGACAUGCAACUUGAAAUACUUGAAGAAUGUCUAGA